AAAAUAAGCCUCUCCCUCUCGCCUCAUGACCGACUUUUCAUUGAAUCAAUUUCGUGAACGCGCGCGCCUAUGAAGAAUUGUGCGCUGUCAAAAAACUGACUGUUGGAAUUUGGAAUAUCUGCCGAUUUACCUGGCGAUCUUUUGGAUAGGCUCACUUCAAUAGUCCUACACCAGAAUAUUAAUUUCAUUGCGUCCCGUUAUUUCUGAAACAGGAGAUUCCCUUUCGCCAUGAAUCCGUUAUGUGGAAGAUGCAGUAAAAUGGUUUACCCCACGGAAAAAGUGAAUUGUCUAGACAAGUACUGGCAUAAAGGAUGUUUCAGCUGCGAGGUGUGCAAAAUGACCCUCAACAUGAAGAAUUACCAAGGCUUCGACAAGAAACCCUACUGCAGUAUGCACUACCCGAAGAGCUCCUUCACCUCCGUGAUUGACACCCCAGAGAACCUGCGCCUCAAACAGCAGAGCAUGUUGAACAGCCAGGCGCUGUACAAAGAGGAGUUUGAGAAGAACAAGGGGAAAGGCUUCAGCGUGGUGGCCGACACACCGGAGAUGCAGAGAGUGAAGAAAACACAAGACCAGAUCAGCAACAUAAAGUAUCAUGAGGAAUUUGAGAAGAGCAGAAUUAGUAGUGAUGCCCCACCCCCAGUGAAUGCCAGUCAAGAUCCGCAGCUGCAGCCAGCCAUCCCUCAGACCUACAGCUCUCAGCCUGAGCCUGCGUCUGUUCCCUCUGCUGCUGCUGUACCACCACCCAGUGGAGGGAACCGCUACCGGGCUCUGUACAGCUACACGGCUGCCGACGCUGACGAGGUGUCUCUCCAGGAGGGCGACCUGAUUGCAGACGUACAACAGAUAGAUGAGGGAUGGAUGUAUGGCCGCAUCGAACGCACUGGGCAACAGGGCAUGCUACCUGCUAACUACGUCCAACGCCUCUGAACCCCUGGGCCUCGUUCAAUUGGUUGAAAUGUUCAGAACACUGCAGACAGAAAUGUAAACAUGGGUUGUGUUCAUUAGGCACCAAACAGAAGAAAAUGGAUUGAAAGAAGGUGUGACUACCCGUACGUGUCCAAUAAGAAACACUCAAUUUAGUUUUUCAUUGCAAAACGUUUUUAAAACCCUUUCUGUUGCAUGUCAUAAUGAACAAAACCCAGGUUGAAGGUUAUGGCUGUCUUACCAUGGGGAGUACAGAAUAGUGUCCUCUCUAGGUUGUACUUAUCUAUCUGCAACGUUCAGUGUUUCAUUCCACUGCUGAACUUAGUCCAGGAGAAAUGGGGAGAAAAACAUGGGAAACAAGUCACAGCCUAAAGAGAGGGAGAGGAGGAGGGAGGGAGGGAGGGAAGGAAGAGAAAAGAAAACAACUAGUGCCAUUUUGACUUGAAUAUUGUCUCCGACCAUGUUUUUGCUCAUAUGGUCUAUUAUUCACAAUUUUAGAAAAGUCGAUUGAUUUAGCUAAUAAAGCUUCUCACUGCCAUUUUCAGUACACAGUCCACUAUCGGACAGCUUAAUACUACUACACCGAAAUAGUUUUAAAUGUCUAUGUCUUUCUUGCAUCUAUUAGGCAGUGUACAGUAUAAAAUUGAAUGGUGGCUGCCAUACUUCCAAGUCAUUCCCCAAAAUGUAUGAAUUAUUCCGAAAUGUUGCAUAAAGUUGGAAAGUUUAGGAUCGGCUUCCAGUUGACAAUUGUACAUUUUAGAUAUUUCUAGAAUUUAGAACCUAGGGGGCUUCUGUGUUAGUACUUGUUAGCAUACUGUAUCUACUAACUAGUACCUGUUAGAAUACCUACCGGUCGGUAUCUACUGAUUACCAUAGUUACACUAAUUAGCAGCACCUGGUUUGGGCUGGGCAGAAACAGGUGUGCGCAAUUAGUAAUCAAUCAAUGGUAUUUUAUUAGGAUCCCCAUUAGCUGUUGUGAAAGCAGCAGCUGCUCUUCCUGGGGUCCACACCAAACAUAAUAUAGAACAUUAAUAUGCAAGCACUCGAGGACAGAACUAAUGAUGUCCUAAAAGAGCAGUGCAGUAUAUACAAAAGAUACUUAAUUGGUGGUGUGAUACAGCUUGACAGAAACAAAUAAUUAAAUCAUUUUAUCAUUCACAAGGAUUCAAGGGUGUUUUAUAAUAGUUUGAAAAAUGUAAUAUGUAUGAUUUAUAUUAUUCAAUUCUAAGUUGUGCAAUGAAGCAUUCAAAUUCAUUAUUUUGAGUAAAACAUUGAAUAUUUCAGAAUGUCAUUAUUUUUCUUACAUACCCAAAGAGUACCCUAUGUGCCAGAAUGUCUCUGCUUCUGCUUUAGAAAGCGAACUUGUCGUUAAUGCAGCAAUGUCAAAUCUAGCCAAUCUUGCAAGCUUUCUUUGAAAUCUUGCGCCAGCCAAUGUGUAGCUAUCAAGAGGGACUAUUUCAAUGGCUGCAUUUGGACAGGCAGCCCAAUUCUGACAUUUUUUUCACUAAUUGGCCUUUUGAUUAGAAUCGGGUUGCCUGUCUAAACACAGCCUAUGUAGCUAGCAUUGUUGAAUAUAGAACCAGUCAGGUACCCAGUCUACCCAAAGAGUAGGCUUUGAAUAGAGCACAUCUAACAAUAACAUUUUAAUCAGCAACAUUUUAUUAGUCAACAUUAAAAGAUACAAUACAACAACCUUA